AUGUCUUCUACGGGCUCAGCAAUAGGCUCCUUGAUUUGCGGUCUAACACUCGAGAAGUUGGGUCGCAAGUGGACGAUCAUGAUCUCGACUUUGUUUACCAUUGUUGGGGCGUUGCUCCAGACAGCUGCUAAUGGGGUAGCAAUGAUGAUUGUCGGCAGGUUGGUUUGUGGUAUCGCACUGGGUAUUCUCAGCCCUUCUAUCUCUGUCUACAUCUCCGAACUAGCUCGUCCACAGGAACGAGCGAGGUUCAUUGGUGUCUUUGGCCUGAUUAUGGCCUUGGGAUUCUGCGUUGCAAACUGGAUUGGCUUCGCGUGUUCUUUCGCCAAAACAUCUCAUGUCUGGCGUCUUGAGUUAGCCAUGCAGUUCCCUAUCGCGGUUGUACUGCUCGUUCUGUCCAUUUUUCUUCCUGAGUCCCCUCGUUGGUUGGCUCAAAAAGGCCGAUUGGAAGAGUUCGAAGCCGUCAUUCGCCGUAUCUAUGAGUCGGAAUCGGAAGAAUUCAUCGUCGGGUUGCAACUCGAGGUUCAGAGCCAACUUGCCAUCGAGGCAGCUGAGCGCACAAACUCCACUGUCGGUCACGCACUGAUCGAGUUGUUCAGCAACAAAUUUAUCAAACGGACAGCCCUUGCCAUUGCCGUUAUGCAAGUGGGAAUCCUCAGCGGCUCUCUUGCGAUUCAGAAUUACCAGUCCCUUAUGUAUGAGGCUCUUGGAUUCAGCGGCAGAGAGGUCCUUCUUAUCAGUGGCUGCUAUGGUUUCAUGGGAGUCAUUGGGCAAUUGAUUAACCUUGCUGGUGUUUCUGACCGCUGGCCUCGCGUCCGAACUAUGUGGGUUGGAUGUAUCGUUCUUGCUGCAGUGUUGUCUAUCCUAGCAGCCCUUUCAAAGGAAUAUGGCAGCGGUCAGAAUAUCGCCGGUGCUCGCGCUGGCGUCGCAUUUAUCUUCAUCUACUCAGCACUAUAUUCUGUGUUCUUCAACUCAACCUUAUACACGAUUGCUGCAGAGAUCUUCCCACAGCAUCUGCGCGGUUACGGCACUGGUGUUGCAGCACUUUGUCAGGGUGUGUCCGGCAUUUGGAUGGGUCAGGUCACCCCCUACGCGUUUGAUGCGAUUAGUUGGAAGUACUACUUUGUCUUUGUUGGUUCUCUUCUCGCAUUAGGUGCCGUGUAUGCACUCUUCCUGGUGGAAACAAACAACGUCUCCUUGGAAGAAGUUGCAGGAAAGUUUGGUGAUGCAGUUGUCCCGACUGAUAAGAUUGAUCAAGUUACGGAGGUGAAAGUGGCGGAGAAGACGACAGAGCACAUCGAAGGCUAA